AGGGAGAGAGAGAGAGGCUGAGCCAGAUCUUCAUGCCACUGCAGGCAGCAGCAGCAGCAGCAAAACUUCUGAAGGUUUGCAGAAGACAAUAAGAGAACCACCAAGAAGGCUAUUGCAGUGUUGUCAAUUCCAGAAGUCUGGUACCAGAACUGCCAUUCCAGCUUCUUCAUUGCUCCUGGUGGCCAGGGCAUAUCCCAGUGCUAUUUGCCUGUUGAAAGUGUGGAGAAUAUCCUUCUGAAGACAAUUGUCUCCUUUGUGUUUGAGCACCUGCCGCUGUAUAAAUACUCAUCAGUUGGAAUUUACUACUGCCAGUAUGUAUCAUUCUGUGUCUGAAACCAGUCAUCCUUUGCAAACAGAGGAACAGGAGAUAGGCAUUGAUCCCUUGCAGAGUUUUUUGAACAAGCCAGGGGAAGGAGGAUCAAAUGAAAAUGGAAGCACACCCUCCACCUCAGAUUCAGAUGGAACUUUUAUUUCUUACAGUAAAGAAUGGGAAGAACUAUUUGUAAACAACAAUUACUUGGCAACUAUACGGCUGAAGGGGAUUAAUGGGCAGCUGAGAAGCAGCAGGUUCCGUAGUGUUUGCUGGAAGUUAUUUCUGGAUGUUCUACCGCAAGAUAGAAGUCAAUGGAUUAAAACCACUUCAGACUUAAGAACUUCUUACAGUAAGAUCAAAGAAAUUCACAUUACAAACCCUCGGAAAGCAGGACAGCAAGAUCUGAUAAUCAACAACCCACUCUCUCAGGAUGAGGGGAGUCUUUGGAAUAAAUUUUUCCAGGAUAAAGAGCUUCGAGCAAUGAUUGAACAAGAUGUGACAAGAACCUUUCCUGAAAUGCAGUAUUUCCAGCAAGAGAAUGUAAGGAAAAUUCUUACAGAUGUUCUGUUCUGCUACGCCAGAGAAAAUGAGCAGUUGCUUUAUAAACAGGGCAUGCAUGAACUUCUAGCUCCCAUUGUGUUUAUCCUACAUUGUGACCACCAGGCUUUUUCACAUGCCAGUGAAGCUGCACAACCAAGUGAGGAAAUGAAAGUUCUUUUGAAUCCUGAAUAUCUGGAACAUGAUGCCUAUGCAAUGUUCACGCGUCUUAUGAAAACAGCAGAACAUUGGUUUUCAACUUUUGAGCAUGACAGUCAGAAGGAGAAAGAUGUGAUGAUAACACCUAUGCCCUUUGCAAGGCCACAGGACUUGGGGCCAUCUAUUGCUAUUGUAGCAAAAGUAAAUCAAAUUCAGGAUCAUCUGCUGAAGAAACAUGAUAUUGAGCUGUACAUGCAUCUGAACCGACUGGAAAUUGCUCCACAGAUUUAUGGACUGCGAUGGGUAAGGCUCCUGUUUGGACGUGAAUUCCCUCUUCAGGAUCUUCUGGUUGUCUGGGAUGCUCUGUUUGCUGACAGUAUCACCCUGAAUUUAGUUGACUACAUUUUUGUAGCCAUGUUGUUGUAUAUCCGAGAUGCCUUGAUUUCAAGUAAUUAUCAGACCUGUUUGGGACUUCUGAUGCACUAUCCACCUAUUGGAGAUGUUCACUCCCUUAUCCUAAGAGCACUUUUUCUCCGAGAUCCAAAGCGAAAUCCAAGACCAGUGACUCACCAGUUCCAACAAAAUUUAGAUUAUUACAAAGCACGUGGAGCAGACUUGAUGAACAAAACCCGUGCCAGUGCUAAAGCUGCCCCUCUGAACAUCAACAAAGUCUCCAACAGCUUACUGAAUUUUGGCCGAAAGCUCAUUGCUCCGGCCAUGGCUUCGGGUGGGGCAGUGGGCACUCCUGCUGGCGGGAGCAGCUUCCCUCCCCCUUCAAUGCCAAGCAGGAGCACAGUGGAAGCCCCUCAGCACCAGCAGCACCACCACCAGCAGCAGCACCACCACCACCACCAGUCACAGCAGCAGAGGAUGAUGAAGUCUGAAAGCAUGCCAGUUCAGCUGGGCAAAGGCCAAAGUUCAAAAAACAUCAGUUCAUCUCCAAGCAUAGAGAGCUUGUCUGGAGGACGUGAAUUUACAGGAUCUCCACCUUUGUCUGCCUCAAAAAAGGAUUCCUUUUUCAGCACCAUCUCCCGCUCUCGUUCCCAAAGCAAAACUAUGAGCAGAAAAGAGUCGGAGGAAGAAUUAGAGGCCCAGAUUUCAUUCCUACAAGGACAGCUAAAUGAUUUGGAAGCCAUGUGUAAAUAUUGUGCAAAGAUGAUGAACACGCAUCUUGGAAAUAUUCAGGAAGUCAUUUUGCAAGAACGCUUGGAAAAAGAAGAUGAAAUUCUGGUUUCCUUGGCUGGUUUGAAGCAGAUCAAGGAUAUCCUGAAAGGUUCAUUGCGUUUCAACCAGAGCCAGCUGGAAGCUGAAGAAAAUGAGCAAAUCACUAUUGCUGAUGAUCAUUACUGUUCCAAUAACCAGAACAAGGGGGCAGGUGAUGUCCUAAAGGGACCUGUCAUGACAAAGCAACAGUUCAUCUCAGGACAACAGACUACAACUGAUCCGAGCACUAGUGAGAGCAAGAGUGCUGAUGGCUAUAUUAUGGUUUCCAAAGAAGAGGAGAGAAGUAAAAGUGCUGCUCCAGAGCCGGUGCAGCCCCUUCAGGCACACAAGGAGGCAGCAGUGAAGGCAGAAGCUCCAUCUCGUUCUUCUUUGGUAUUUUCCGACCCUCUGAUGGGUUCCAUUUCAGCCUCCUCCAGCAACCUCAGCUCCAGCCCUGAUGAUGACAGUAGUAAUAACAGCAAAGAUUCUGACUUUGCUAUUGUCAGCCCACUGGACAUCUAAGGAAACAGGUUGGGAGAGUUUGGGAAAUCUGUCAUUACAACUCAGCUCAAAUUUCUGUGAUUUCAUGGGUUGGAUAGUUCUUUGGAUUACAAGGACAGAAAAUAGAUAAAGGUAGCCCAUCUCAGCUGCCAAAGGCCUAAAUUAAAAAGGCAAGCAAACAAACAAAAAAAGAGAUAAAUUUGCUACUUUAAAAAAAUAAUAUAUACAUUUUAAUAACUGCCUUAAAUAAAGACCCAGUAAAACCCAGUUCUAAUAUACAGUUAUUAUUAAUUAUGCUGUUACCCUUCUUAGGAGCUUUGUUACUAUAGAAGUGAUGCUUUCCCAAAACAUAGAGUAGUAUGUGCUAGGUACCAUAAUGGAAAUGUGUGGAUACCUGACAUCAGACCUGAUGCAGGAAAGACAGGCUAGAUUUAAUAUUGUCCUUUUACAAAAUAUGCUUGACUGGGUUUUCUGUGUAGGAAAGGCUACUGUUUCUUCAGAGACUGUGAUUAGAGAAGUAGGGAAUGAGUAUCAAAAAGAUUAAAAGCAUCAUCCUGGUAGGAAGUUUGUUCUCCCUUGAGGAAUCCUAGUUUCUUAAUUUUCAUCCUGCAAUAGCCUGAGGUGUGUUCAGGGCAGAGGUUUGUGUAGUUGUUCCUCAGUGCUUGCUGGAGAUUAUGUGACAAGCUCCUUGAGAAUGAGGACCUACACAACAGAGCCUUAUUUGCCUUUCUCUACUUUUUCCCCUUGAGAGUUCCAAGUUCACCUCUUUCCUUCUUUAUCUUUGUCUACUUUUACUUCCCCUGGCAUGAUUUUUUUAAUUUUGCUCAGACUACCGCAGUCAAGAAGUAGGUGCAAGGGAAAUAACAGUAUUUCAUAAUGUAGACCUGAGCUGGUUGAACUAAAGCUACCCCCGAGUAUCAUAACUUACCAGGGAAGGUUGCAAAGUGAAAUGAAAUGUUCAUAAUUAAAAGCACUUUAUGUCUCAUUGCUAUUAUCUUCUAUAGACUCUGUUUACAUAUAUUGCUAUAUGAUUUCCAUAUUUCUAAUCACAAGAAACAUAAUGGUGCAGCAGCGUUAACCAACAGAAAGUUUCUAAUUAACUUUGUUACUUGUUCUUCUAUGGAAAAGUGUAUUUUUUCCCAUCAAGUCCAUAGUACAUUUAAUAAUAGCUUUCUUCAAGUAGAUGAGAGGGGCUUUCUGUCCUCUCUGAUCCCUGUAACCUCUGUUGGAAUUCAGAAAACAACUGGUGGUGAGUAGACUGCUCCUCUUGCAGGACCUACACAGAGUUAGCUUGAGGAAGGAAUGUUAAUAUGUCACUCUGUCACAGCAGCAAAAAAAAGCCUCAUUUGCUUUUAAGAUGCAUAUACAUUAUACCAUGCAACAAUUUCCUAUUCGCAUGGCAAAGCUUGUGUUUGUUCAAAGUUAUGAAAUUGUAGUUAUUUGCUGCUUAGUCGGUAAUUGUAAAUGAAGUACUGUAUCCCAAAAGAUGAGGUGACAUGUGAUUUGCUGGUCUUAGAUUUUACAAGGUCUGUGUCGGUGACUGAACUGAAGAGUUAAUUGUCAUGUAAUUACAUGGUAGCUGCCAUCCUUACAUGUUCAAAAGCCACCAUGUAGUUCUUCAGAGAUUAUUUGUGCCUUGUAAAAUGUUAAAAUACUAGAAUGUUAUGAGCGGGCAUAGUAUCACACCUCUCUGCAACAGAGUGAUGCAAACAGUCAGGUGACUGUUUAGAUGAAAGAUCUUAAAAGCAUAACAGUUUGGAGAGGUGUUUAUUUUAAGCUUCAUAAAAGAUCACUUUGGAAUUCAGCAUGCAUGCCUGUCUCCAGUUUAUUUUAUUACCCUGAGUUUGCAUGAAUGCCAGGGGAUAGGGUGGCUGGUUGAUUUAUUUAAGCCUUUCAAGCUUUUCUAGCUUUAACCUAUACAGCAGGGCUUGUGGCGCCAUCAGCAAAGAGUGGCUGUUGAAGAAGUACCUGUGGAGAGAGGAAAGAAAUAUUCUGGGGACAGAGAGAAAAGUUUUAUAUUCUGUGAUACAUAAACCUUCAAAGAUUCCAGUAGCUUGGCAAGAGAAAAUGUUUUUACUUCUUUUUUAUUUUUUUAAGCAUCAGUCUUUUGAUUUCUAUUCUAGUGGGUUGUUUCAGGGGUCACAUUGCUAUUUUCUUGAACAGUCUUAUUGCCAGUGGAAGAGUGUGAUUUGUACAGGUUUUUUAUUUUUGUAAAUUAGUUGUAUCUUUAAUGUUGCAUAUUUUAAAACAGUAGUUUAUAAAGAUUUGGGGAGUUUCUAAGAAUCAGUGAAUACCGAUAAACUGAAUGCGUAUCAUGCCAUGGGAUAUGAUAAAAAUCUCCAAAAGCAGAGAGACAAUUAAUUAUACAAAUAAGAUCAGAGUAACUCCAGUAAAUGAAUCUGGUUUGGUUGUACCAUGUCCUUUCACAUCUUCAAUAUGUUGUCUCUGAUAUUUGAUCAUAGUGCAGAGAUAUUGAAAAGUGUUUUAGUAUAUUCCUUAAGUUAGAAACUUGUAAGUUAGAAAAAACAUCAAAUCAUCACCCUGUUUUGUGUUAUGUUAAGAAUAUACUGAAAGAGAAAUUGUCAUUUAAAAUACAAGAUUAUUCAUUUUCUCUGGAAAUGACCUGCUCAUAAUGUUCAUGGAUAACAGUAAUCAGAUAGAAAAAUUAUUAGCAUUGCAAAUUGCUGACAAAAACUGAUGCAGCAUUAAGAUUGCUGAUCUGAGACUGUUCUACUGUAUUUACUUUAUAAAGUAAUCAAUAUUUAUUACUUUAAAGUCUCUUGCAUGUCAUGUCAGUUGUAUGUUCUGGAGAAAGACAGCAUCCAUAUUUUGACUGGGUAUUGAUUUAGUUGUGGAGCUUUGUAUCUUUACUCUGGAAGAACAUUUAGCCCGCUUUAUUAAAGAAAGAAUUAACAAACUUUUUGGGUUGUGCUUGUGCUGUUUUCUCAAAAAAGAGGGAAAGCUUUUUGGCUAGAAUACUGGAAGUAUCAUUUCUGAGAACUAGGAUGAUUUAAACUUUAAAACUAUCUAUAUAAACACAAAAACUGAUUGUUACUUUAAUCAGAUUUUAUGUAUGUGAUCCAGGGAAUAAAACUGGAUGUCAUCUCAACUAAACAAUAUAGAAUAUUUCCUGUUUUAUGAAAUUUCUUGUAUCUGAAAAUGAAUCAGUAUUUACCAUGACAUAACUUUUCUGUAAUUUCAUGAAGCUCAGUAUAGUGUCAUCAUUGUGUCUCAAUGACAGUGCCAGUAUCUGUACAGUACAUUUCUGAAUCUCUAUACUUGAAUUCACAUUCUUAACUCAUGAUUCUCCAGUAUGUUCUCCUUAAAUGGCAUAGAGGCAACUAUUUUAAAGAUUACAUUUCAGAUUUUAGAUGUACUUGUGCCUGGCAGUUACAACGUCAUUUUUUCAAAUACAUCCUAACAUGAACAGAUAUUCAAAUUCUUGGUGUCAGCCCUUAAAUAAUACUUUUCAUUUUGUGCUGCAUGUGUUGGUCUAGAAUGAAUGAUUCUAAUGAUUUAUUAGACUUGAAAAGGUGCAAUUUCAUAAAAUAAACUUCAUUUGGCUACAGAAUAGUAAUUACUCUGUCUUGUAAUCUGUGCUGUUCUUUUGAGAGUGAUUAUAUACAGUCUGUGCAUAGUGUUUGCCAUGUCCCCCAGUCUGCUAGACUCUGGCUUUAGUAGCUAAAUUUAGAGAUGAAAGAGCAUGAAAAAGGUCAUUAGAGUAACAGCAACUUGAAGCAUGCACACAGGCAACUUGCCUUCCUGCUUCUCACAACUUACUUAACUACUGAAAUGGUAAGGGAGGUUUUAGGUGUGUGGGAGGAUCCUGCAAGAGGCAAAGUGCACAACCCUAGAAACAGACAAUGAGCUGGAUGGGUUGCAGCUUGAGACUCUGAAACUGUGGGUUCUUUAGGGCAGGAACCAUCUUUUUCUCUGAUGUUGUACAGCACAAACCCUGUCAAAAUUAGGAUAACAACAAUAAUGAUAUACUCAUUAUUUCACCACAUUUUGCUCUUUCAAACUGCAAACUAGUUUUAAUCCAGUAACAGUAACUCAGAUGAUAGCAGUAGUGUGGGAGCAGCAGAAUCUGGUCCCACACUGCUGAAAUAAGUGCAGAUGAGGAACAGUCAUUUAAAUAAAUAAAUUAAAACCAAAGAAACCUCACACCAGAAACAGGACUAUAAUAUUGCCAAAUUAAAAAAACUGUAUUUCUUUCCAGAUAUAUACAGUUUAUAAGAGGUAUUUUCCAAACUGUGCAAAUUAAAAAAAACUGUAUUUCUUUCCAGAUAUAUACUGUUUAUAAGAGGUAUUUUCCAAACUGUGCUUCAGAUAGCACUUGUGUAACUUGUUUGACUACACCAGGUAGAUUUGUGCAAACCUAUCUUUGUUUUUAACUUGUAAAAGCUUAGCUGAUACCAGGAUGUGGGAACUGUUAAAAUACAUCAGAUGCAGAGAGAAGACAUUGUGGUUCCAUUUUCUGUGAAUGGUAAGAAUUUGAUCCUUCAAAUCCCGCUGAUUUAACACUUUCACUGUCUUCCAUGGUAACAAAACCCUGUAAUCGUAUCCAGAGACCUGAUGGGAGCUCCACUGCUUAAGUCAUCACAUGCAGUUGCAGAGCUUUGAGCUGAGAAAGUUUUCACAGCUUUGCCUUUGACUGUGAGCUUUGGGGACUGUAGCAAAACCAAGUUUGUCUGAAUUUUUAACUCAUACAAAGAUGCAUUUGAAGAUAUUACAAAUUAUCAUGUCAGUAUUUGAGACCUUUUGAAAUAUAAAUGCUACAUAGUUUUGAGAUGGAAGAAUAGUUGUCAAAAUAUCUUGAUUGCCCACCUGCUGUAUUAAUUGAAUUCAGUGGAUGGGGAAUAUAGCAGCAUUUCCAGAGCAUCAUUAAACUGUCCUUUCAAAUAAGAGUAUACCAAGCAAACAGAUAUUAGAAGGCAGAUUGUCAGUGGUGUCAUAUAGCUUUCUGGAUAAUAUAUAUAUAUCUGCAGUAGUCAGGAACAUACAUCAUUUCUGUCCACAAAUGGAGGGGCUUGCAACAUUCUGGAGCACAUGGCAGAAAAUGUAAGUGAAUGUAAGCCUUUUCAUAAAAACAUUUUUAAAGCUUCAAGGAUUAGAAUACACCAAAACGAUUUUUAAAAUAUAAAAUAAAUACACACAAAGAUUAUUUAGGCUUUCAAAGAUUAUCAGGUCUGAAAAAAGUUUCAUUUCAUUUAGAGAAGUUUGAUGGAACUCCAGGUUAUAGCACAGGGUGACUGACAGAAGCACCUAUAGGAGUUUUGGACUGCAAUGAACUUCUUCUGUUUCAGACUUGGAACUUUCAAAUUCUGGAGAACGUUAAUUCCAGUCUGUAAGCAAUGAAUUGCACAUGUUUACUACAUUGCAAAGAAGUCAUGAUGAGGGAAUUCCUCAGCAGACCCUCUUUCCAAACUUCUUUUGUUCUGAUUUCCCACAGUCAAGCCCAUCUGACAAUUUUGUGGUACCCAUAAAAACUUCAGCUGUUUCAUCUUCUUUAAUAACGGAAUUCUCAGUCACUGUGAUCAAAGUUAGCUGUUCAUCAUCUCAGGACUCUAAUACCCUAUGCCUGCAGCCUGGCCACCAGCCCAACCAGUGUGCUUCUUGUUCUCAUGUAAAAUCUGAAAUCUUAUGAAAAUCUCACAAUACUUCUA